AAUUAUUUUAUAGCCUAUAUUUACUAAAGCAAAGCUAAUUUUCACAAUAUGCUUAAAUCUGAAAAUAUUGACUUUAUUAAUAGGUUUUUUAGUCUUUUAAAGGAGUUUCACGUGACCACAUUCAGGUCCGUCUCAUUUUGUGGCUGUGGAGUCUCUCCGUCUUCCCUGUUCUGUGUCCGUCAAGCGCAGAUGAAGGGAAGUGAAGGAAACUGAUGGCGUCUCUGCGCGCGCGACACGAUAAUUAGGACGCGUGAGCUGGUAUCGGAUCACUGGCCGUUCAUUCAGCUCGGCCUAUGAAAAGAAAUGAGCUAUAAGUGCAGCAUCAGCUUUCAUGUGAAACAUUUCCGAGUCACCUGGCUCACACAGCCGUAUCAAUCGCGCGGAAUCAUCGUGUUUGGCCGCAUUAUGUCCGGUGGCUCGUGCGCUGCAGGUGCUGGACGCUGUCUCGCGAUUUUCGGGCUGCUGGUCCUUGUGCAGAUGCCCGGAGCCCUGACGUCCAACAAGGAGAGCGACUGUUUGACUGAAGAUGACAAAGGAUGUGAAGGUAUGUCCGAGAAGAAAAGUGACCAUCAUGUGUGUGAUGAAUACAGUUGUUCUUUCGGAGGAAUCUGCAGGGACAACGGAUCACACCUGGAGUGUCUUUGUCAGUUUCAGUGUCCACAGAUGUUUGCUCCAGUAUGUGGGUCUGAUGGUGACACAUAUCAUAGUGAAUGUUUCCUAAGACAAGCUGCCUGUGAACAGCAGACCAGAAUCACUGUAAUUAUGGAAGGACACUGUCAUUCCGUUGCUGAAUCAGCAUCAGGAGAUACAGAUCUGGAGAGUUCAGGACUAGAGCCCAGCAGAUACUCUAAGUGUUCUAGCUGCAAGUUUGGAGCGGAGUGUGAUGAAGACUCUGAAGGCAUUUGGUGUGUAUGUAAUGUAGACUGCAGUGGAUUUAAUGUGAAUCCAGUUUGUGGAUCAGAUGGCCAAUCUUACAGUAAUCCAUGCCAGGUCAGAGAAGCUUCCUGCUUGAAACAAGCUCAGAUUAAUGUCAAACACCUUGGGCAAUGUCCAGAUUCAGUGGUAUUAGUGGGUGGAGUCAGUGUGGGCGGAGCAAUGCCCUGUGCUGAAAUCAACAGCAGCUUUUGUGUGCAUGGAACCUGUGAGAUGAAAAAUGAUCUGGCAACAUGCAGGUGUGAUGUGGGGUUCUCCGGUGUGCACUGUGAGCAGAGAGACUUCAGUGAGUUGUACGUGGUGCCCAAUGGACAGAAGCUUCAAUACGUCCUGAUUGCUGUGAUCAUUGCUACUGUACAGAUCAGCAUAAUUAUCGCUAUCAUAAUCUGCAUCACAAGGAUUCAUCCAAAAAAGCCACGAGCCCAUCUUCAGAAACAGAACCUGGGUCACUCACCCAAAGAUGGAGGACGCAGGAUUGUAUAGCUGCUGAUAACUUAAACUGAAACGCACAAACUCCCAAUAGCUUCUUCACACUCAAACACUAUACUCUCACUGAGGCAUUUUGGAAAGAAUUAUAUCUUUCAACAUUGAUAUUUCAGUGGCCUUAUUCCACCUUGUCACCAGGAGUUUAUUACCGGUAUUUUAAAAUCUCUACAUUCCCAGUGUUCUUUCUCCCCUUCACAGUUUUGCCUUUUUCAUCUCUCUCCCUCACUUUCUUUCUAGUCUAAAUGCAGUAAAUCCACUUGGUCAAAUGUUUACAUUAAGUAGAUUUUUACAUUUUCUGAACAAUACGGGAGUGAUGCUUGCCACGCAAAACAUGCUAGUGUGAUUCAAAAGUGACGGCGUAUUAUCAAGGAGAAUGUGUGCUAUUACUUUUAAAAGCUAUAAGAUGAUUUUCUCUUGGAGGACAAUAUAACAGGCAUACAAAUACUAUAUUUAUAUUUAUACUGACUAAGAUAGGGUGGCUGAGAAAGCUAAACGCACUGCAACUGAAGAAAACACACGAAUAGAAAAAAACGAAAAAGGAAAAAUUCGAAAACAUCUUCAUCAGUUUAACAACACAUGUGCUGCAAAUACUCACAACGCAACCAAAUACAUAAGCGCGCUGUGAAUACUAACAACACAACCAAAUACAGAAACGCAUUGCAAAUACUCACAAUGCAACCAAAUACACCAGAGAACCAAAGACCACAGUAGAAAUGUUUCAAGGGGACAAGUUGUUGGGACAAGUGAGGAACUUGGAAAAGUGAGGAACAGUUAUUGUUCUACUCAUCUUAUGUCUACUCGUCAGUGGUGUUGUUGAUGACCAGAAAGGUGAGUUUAUUGUUUAUUUUAGCAUCCUGAUUUUAUGUCCAUUGUAAGUAUUUGCAGUGCGUUUCUGUAUUUGGUUGCAUUGUGAGUACUUACAGCAUAUUUCUGUAUUUGGUUGUGUUUGAGUAUUUGCAGCAUGUUUCUCUAUUUGGUUGCAUUUUGUAUUUUUAAAUCACUUUUCUGUGUUUGAUUGCGUUGUAAGUAUUUGCAGUGCAUUUCUUAAUUUGGCUGUGUUGUGUAUAUUUGCAGCGCGUUUAUGUAUUUGUUUGUGUUCUGAGUAUUUGCAACCUGUUUCUGUAUUUGGUUGCGUUGUGAGUACUUGCACUGCAU